GUCACGUGACCAUUUCCCAAGCGGAGUUUCCACGACAGCUGGAAGCCGAGCGGCACGGGCGCAUCGCUUCUUUGCUAAAAUUAUCGGAAAUAACACGACUUCUGCUCGUCUCAGCACCUCCAGAUAAACCCUUGUCUGGCAUGGGCGACAAGAGGAGUCCCACAAGGCCGAAGCGUCAACCGAAGCCCUCCUCCGACGAGGGGUUUUGGGACUGCAGCGUGUGCACGUACAAGAACACGGCAGAAGCUUUUAAGUGCAUGAUGUGUGAUGUCAGGAAGGGGACAUCAACAAGGAAGCCCCGUCCCGUCUCCCAGCUCGUCUCGCAGCAGCAGGUAACGCAGCAGUUUGUGUUGCCCUCGCAGCCCAAAAAGGAGAAGAAGGAGAGAGUAGAGAGGGAGAAGAGCGACAGAGAGCCGGCGCUCAAGAAGAACAGUCACAAGAAGAUGAGGCCCAGAUUAAAAAACAUCGACCGGAGCAGUGCCCAGCACCUGGAGGUGACAGUUGGAGACCUGACAGUCGUCAUAACAGACUUUAAGGAGAAGGCCAAGCCCUCGUCCACCUCAGCUACAUCGUCCAGCGUCGCAUCCACGGCCGACCACCACAACCAGAACGGCUCCAGCUCAGAGAACACAGAGAAGGGGCUUUCCCGCUCCUCCUCGCCACGAGGAGAGGGAAGCUCGGUCAGCGGAGAGUCCCACUGAGUCACCCCCACUCAAAACCUGCCCCCUGCCCCUGGCCCCGGCCCCCACCCACAUCUCAUCUGCAAGUCCACGGGUCGCUGGUGGAGCGUUCUGCCUCUGCUUUAGAGCUGCACAAUACUGACUGAAAAACAUUUUUUUGUGCUUUCUUUCUUUUGGAUCUUCCAAAUUUCAAUAGGAAUUGUGGCCCAUUUAUCAGAGAAUGAGUUGCCAACACAUCAGAUUUAGCGAGUUUCAGUCAGUUUAAAGAUUCUCCACAGCACUGGAAUUCUGCAUUUAGAAAGCAAUAUGAAACACAUCUUGCUCCAUCUUUGAAGUUUUUAGUGAUCACCAAUUUCACUUGGACAUUUGGUGCAAUUGAAAGGAUCCCACACGCUGUCCAAAACUUGCUACUAGAAUAUUUACUAAGACAGCUUUAUUCUGACAAGGAACUUCUUCAGUUUGGACAAGCUUUAUGGUUUUGUACGGUUUCCUUCAGAUGCACCUGCCUGUCAAGUUUUCUUUUUUUAUAAAUAUUUUUGUUAAAUGAAAUGUGCAGCCCCACCCUUGACAUCAUCUUCAGUGGCCGGCAGAGUGACCUUUUCUACCCCCAUGUGGAAUUUUCAGCCUCCGUCUGGAAUCUUUACCUGCCUGUUAAACACCCAACCAUCCACUACACACUCUGUGUCCCUACACUGAAACUUUCAACUUCCCAGCAAACCUUUGCUCCUGUCCCAAUUACUCUGAUGUUUUACUUCUGGACUGCCUCUGCUGUAGUGGGACUUUUUUGACAAAGCAAAGCAGCAGUACUCGCACUGGCACCAUUUGGUGUUUUUGCGUAAUGUUUGGAGCAGGUUUGUGUAGUUCGGCUAAUGCUUGUUAUGGUUGUAUAAAGGAACCGGGCAGGUUUUGAUAAAAGUCCUUCUUUUAAAGAGUGCAGUAAGGUAUAGUAUAUUAUUUUAAAGGAUAACACCAGUGUUUUCUGUUUUCAGUUUGUGCCAAUAAUCUACCCCUGUUUUACGUUACUCCCAGUUUGUCUGCACACAGCCAAGUUAGAGAUACAGUCAGGGUUUUGUUAAAAACUUUGCAGCCUUUCAUUUUCUAUAGGAUAUAAACAUAAAUCACAACCCUGCAUUAAGUGAUAUUUUUGAUACAUAGAAUCAAAUCAGUUUUAGUAAUGUGUAAAGCCGAACAUAAUUACUAACUCUCCAGCUACAUGCAGCUUUUAGUUCAUUGUUUUGAUUUGGUUUGUUUUCACAUAGACCAACCAUAGCAUGCCAGUUCAGACAAGCUUUUGUUACAGUACCUGGCCAGUUGCAAUGGCAGAAGAUUGAAGUUAAUUAACUACUAGCUAACUAGCCAAGUACAGUACAAACCAGAGCUAGAUGUUUGGCCAAUACCAGCUACUAGCUAACUAGCUACUAGCCAAGUACCACCCAAACCUGAGCUAUAUGUUUGGUUACUAUUGGUCAGAAGGCCAGACACACUAAUCCAAAGGGAUGCUUAUGUUCGUAUAUGUAUUCUAGAUAUACAAGUUGGCAAUUAUUGCUAACAUAAGCCGCAACAGCUAAAAUCUGUCUCUCAGGGCUUUGUUUCUUUAAAUUUAAUUUUCAGUCUUCCUGUAUUUACACCCUUCCAUAAUAUCAAAUCAAUCACUUAAUGCAGCUUCAAGGAUUAACUCAGUUUUGUAAUUAGUUACCAUCAAUGUGAAACUUAGGCAUACUUUAUCUGUCACAUUGUAAAUGUUGUAGACAAAAUGUGUGUCUAAUCACUGACAUCCUUCAUGAUAAUGUUAUACCAUUGUUACUGUCAGUCACAUGACACCCACAGAAUGAGAUACUAUCUAAGCAAAAAACAUUACACAAAAAAGUUGAAUGCACAAUGACUGAGGAACUGUCAACUAAAUGUAGGAGGUAGUGAAGGGGCUGUAGCUGUAAACGACACCGGUAUUGUCCUUUAAAUCUCUGCUGCACAAACAGGGCCGCACCUGCUCAGUGUCACACCAGGGGAAAACCAGAGGGCGCUCAUACUGUUCUGCUCCCACAGUGGACCCGAUCUGGAUACAUCAUGGUGCUUGUACAGCAGAAAGAGAGCUUUGACUUCUGGUAAUGCACAUUUAUCAGCUGUGCAGGCGACGGCCUGCGGUGUGAUGGACUUAAGAAACUGUUUAAAUUCCUCCAUUUUGAUGUAGCAAAGUGGGGGAGCUUUAGAAUCUACUAAACUCCCAGCAGAACAACUAUAGAUCAACCUAACUACACAAUAACUUAUAAAACUUGUAGAGUACUACACAGAUAAAAUGGAUAUUUCUAAAAUAUUGUACUACAAUGUUUUGAUGUGGUUGUAUUAUCCAUCAUACCAGUGUUAUUGUCGAGAUUUUUACUUUAACAUUUUAGCACAGAUCCUGAGAACCAUCAUGGCAUGAUAAUAUUAUGGUCUCGGUGUAUUGUGGGACAGGCUAUGUCUCUUAGUUUGUUAGCAUCGUUUAAUGUGUCAGAGACGUAUUCUCAUAGAUUCACUGCACUAGCUGGGACUAGGUGUGUGGACUCGCGAGAACUAUUUGGAUGGACAUUUGUUAUUUGGUUGUGACAAAAAUGGAAAGACUUAAAAAUAUGUCAGUGUCACUUGUUGAUAUUUUGUUUUGUUUUGCUUUGCUUUGCCAUGCUCAGUUGUUUUCAAAUCUGUGAACUUGUUUAUUACAUGUCUGAAUAAGAAAAUAACAAAAUUCCAACAAAACA